GGAUAACGCCUUCGUUUGUUCCGUAAUGACGUUUCCAGUUGACAUUUGACAUACGGAAGGUGUCCACGCAUAUGGUCAGUCGUAAAUGUAGUUCAGUUACUUCGAUGAGGUAAUAUUGGAUUGUGAGACGUUAGGCAUUGUAUGAUUGUUCUGUUAUGUUAAUACCAGCUACUAGUGACGCACUUGAAAAUCAGUUUCUUUUGAUGUUCCACUUAGCGAGUUGUGUAUGUUUACGAACAUAUGGUGUUCUUUUUCUUCUUGAAAAAAGAAGUUGGAAUACGAAUCUUCUAGUGGAAAAAAAGUGUUGAAAUAUGCUUGUUUGGAACUGUGUAAGGAUGUUUAUGCAAAGUUAAAAGAUAACAAAAAUGUUUUCCGCCCUAAAAAGAUUAGCUGGAAAAGCUGAUGGCCCUGUCACAGGGUCAUCAACUGGCCCUAGUCAUCAUGCUAUGUCCCAUAGUUUACAGCGUCGAUUUGCCCGAGGGGUGCAAUAUAAUAUGAAAAUCAUUAUAAAAGGAGAUAGAAAUGUUGGCAAAACUUGCUUGUUUCAAAGACUGCAAGGUCAAAAGUUUGUGGAAGAAUAUAUUCCAACUGAAGAAAUUCAGGUGGCAAGUAUCCAGUGGAGCUAUAAAGCAACUGAUGAUGUAGUGAAAGUAGAAGUUUGGGAUGUAGUAGAUCGUGGGAAAAAAAAGAAGGCAUUGGGAGGUCUCAAAUUAGAUAAUACCUCUGCUACUGCUACUGCUGUUCCUGAGGAAGACCAGCCAGCUCUUGAUGCCGAAUUUUUGGAUGUGUAUAAGAAUACAAAUGGAGUGAUUAUUAUGAUGGACAUUACUAAAAGUUGGACUUUUGAUUAUGUGCAGCGAGAGCUUCCUAAGGUGCCAAACCACAUACCAGUGCUCGUCUUAGCUAAUCAUUGUGACAUGUCCCACCAUCGCACUGUCACAGGUGACCAUGUCACAUAUUUCAUUGACACAUUGAAUAGGCCUUCAGGAUCUGCGCAAGUGAGAUAUGCAGAGGCUUCAAUGCGCAAUGGUUUUGGGCUGAAAUUAUUGCACAAGUUCUUCAAUCUGCCCUUCCUGCAGCUCCAGAAAGAAACACUCCUUAGGCAACUUGAGACAAAUGAUGCAGAAAUUCGUCUAACCAACCAAGAGUUGGAUCUUUAUCAGGAGAGUGAUGAUGCUGAUUACAAUAAGUUUUUAGAACAACUGAUGAACAGGCGGCGUCAAGUAGCUGAUAUGAGCUCAAGUGCUCUGACAGCUGCUGCAACUGCAUCUGCUAUUAAUGGGACCUGCUCAGCACCUAAAGUUCCUUCACCUCAGCCACCAAGGAUGAUUCGCAACUCUCACAGUAGUCAUCAGUUGCAUCAACCAUCAACUUCAACUCAGUCUUCAUGGCAAGAAGGGUCUUCAACUCUCACUCGCAGUGCCACCAUCAUUGGUCCCAUUGGAGGAGGCACUCCAAUCCCUAAUUUUAAUUCAGUCAUCGCAACAACUCCUCAGACAGGACCCAGCACCCCGGUAGCUACCACAAGUCAGUCUCCUGUUGUGAGCCCUGCAACUCGAGCUUCACCGAGUCAGGAACACCAAGGUGACACCCCACUGUCAAACAAACCAUCAAGUUUUAUGUCGAAAAUAUUUGGCAACAAGAUUAGAGAUGCCCAAGAGGAUAAUUCAGAAAGACGUCCAAGUAUAUUAUCAACUUCUGCGAGUUCAGUUGCCACACCUGAACCUAUUACUAGUGUUGAGGAGUUUGUACCUGAUGGUGGUAUGCUUGAUCGCUCUUUUCUGGAAGAUAUGAACGCAGAUCACACGUCACCUGCCCAUCAGUCCAAUCAUGAUGCUGAAUCUGACAGUGAACCUGAAGGUGGAAAUCCUUUAGUAGCUGGUUUCCAAGAUGAUUUAGAUCCAGAUGAUCUGAUACCUGUGAAGGGACCAGUGGAAAAUUCUGGUAGUCCUCCUGUAGAAAAUGAUGUUAUACUUCCUGUAGGGCUUAGUAAGAAAGAAUCCUUGUCCAGCCUAAACGAAAAUGAGAGCCGAUCCAGAGAUCACCAUACUGCAGAUGCGCUGGACAAUUGGCUGGGGGAGGGAUGGGGGCGCGCUGGGGGAGGUGCUCUCCGGAGGGGGGCAGUGAGAAUGAAGACAACAAGCAUGUCCACUUGGAACUCACAGCAUCCUCUGCUACCCCGGUCGGGGGGAUCUAGUCCCACUCCAUCUACCAACACCAAAGAAAAAAAGAAGAAGGAUAAACAUAAGGAGAAGGGUGAAGAGAAGAAAAAACAUAAAAAGAAAAGUAAGGAGAAAGGGUCCGGAGAUGGAAUUGAAGAAGGGAAAAAAAAUAAGAAAAAGUCAUCUAGCUCGGGACAUAGACGAUCUCGAGAUGAAACAUCAAAGCAUAAUGAAUUAGAAGAGUUUCUUAACCGGCCAUCAAACUUUGGAGAUGAAUAUGGUGGUGUAGACCCAGCGACAUCGUUGGGAUUGCAAGUUCAGGGAUGCAACAAAUGGUUAGGAGAAAGUUCAACAUCAUUGAGAUAUGCUUAUCUCAGACUCUUCCUAGUGAUGUGCUAGGUUUAUUGAAUCUACUUGUUCAUGUGUCUGUACAAACUGGCAUUUUCAGUUUUUUAUAUAUGUAUACACAAAUGCUUUUUUUAUUAUUAUUUUAUUCUCAUUUGGUUUAAAAACAUGAACAUAUUUGCAUUAGACCAAGAAUGAUUUGCAAUGUUAUUACAUUGUGAGUCACAUCAAUAAUAUAGUUUUAAUUCUCACUCUUUAUUCUGUUCCACAUUUUUGUGAAAUUUACUGUAUUAUUGACUGUCCUUAUUGAAAGGUCAGGUACAACAGUGUCUCUGAACAAUGGUCAUUUGAUGAAAUGUGAAAAUAUGGCCUUAGUAGUUUUGUUACAGUUAAUUCUUACUCUGUGAUGUAACAAUUGUAUAUUUCCAAUAAUAUUUGUGAUCUUAAAUUUUUAUAUUGUAGACAGACUUUAAUAUUAGUAGUGAAAUCUUCUCAGCUAUAACUUCAUUCUUGUUCUGCAUAUUUUUGUGUAUUGAAAUAGUAUAUUUAUAGACAUGUGAUAUACCGAAAAAUUGUUAGUUGUUGAGUGUUACUGUGUAUAAUCCUGUGGAAUAUUUUUCCAUUCAUUGUUUUCAUGCUAAUGAUGUAUAAAUGUUAAAAAUUGCCUGUUGCUGUUAUAGAGAAUAUCAGAGAAAAGCUUUGACUGUUAUGAAUGUGUUUAUGGUAAUUGUAUUUCUUCAGGCAUCUUUGUUUCAUCAAUUUAAUCUUCUCCAUUCAGGAGAAUGAAAUCACCUUCUAUAUGACUGCCACUUUCAAAUAUCCACCAAUAUCUAAUUCCCUUGAAAAUGUCUUGGGAAGAUGGCAAUAUGCUAUUCAACUAUUUUUAUGCUGCUUCCACUUGCCUCCCAAAGCUUCAUAUAAUUGAAAAAAUUAAUACACUAAUGUUAUUUGAUUAAAAUUCAUUUAGCAACUUAAACUGUGUUAUAUCAAGGUGUAUUAUUUAUAUUCUUUCCAUGGAUAGGCUAAGUAUUUUCAUUUCUUUACAAGCUAAACCUUCAGUGAGCAAAUAUUUUAUUAUGGUGAAAAGGUGAAGUCAAAAUAUGAUUAAUUGUCACAGUUCCCUCCUCUUCAUAAACAUAUUCUCUCUAACUUUUUGAAUGAGUUGGAUGGUUCAGUUUAUCUCAUUUUGGAUUUGAAGACUGUUUCAGAAUAACGUAAAUAUCUAAACAAAAUAUAUCAUAGAUAAGAGCCAUCAUGUAAUCAUAUUUUUUUCUUUCAAAUGUAGUGAACUGGAUGACGUGUACAGAAAUUCCUACUGUUGAAAUCACUUUCACAUACUAGGAGCUAGGAUGAGUGUAUUUUUGUUGUGACUAUGCUUCUGUCAAAAGUAAGUGAUAGAAUGUUCUAACUUCAUGAGGUUACGAGACUCUUGCUUCCUGACCAAAUGCUUGUGUAUGAACAACAAAAAGUUCUGUCAUUGAUUGGAGUUCAAAAUAUAUUUGGCUCUUUAUUUUAUUGCUCUUCCAUAUCCUACGAUGUGCUUCAGUACAAAAAAUCUUUUAUUUUCUCUCCCCCACGUAUUCUCAGCUAUCUUCCAACAUUCUUACUUGUUUAUUGCACCUCCUUGCAGUGCUGUGUACAUUUCCUGGCCUAAUGUUUUCAGAACAAUUAGUAACACAUCCAGGCUGCCACAAGUCUCACCAACUUGUAAGAGUGGGAACUUCUUGAUCAUGGAUAGCUUUGCUUUCCUGGAUUUAAGGAUUUUAGGUCUCUUGAACAUCUGGCAUGGGCAAUAUUCCUAGCUCUCGCUCUGAAAAUUAAACUCUUUAUUGGGAAUAUUGAAAACUCUUUUGUAAUAUGCAAUUCAAAAAAUGGCAUUUAAUUUAGUGUCGAAGUGAGUAAAGUUUGUAAAACACAACAUAGAGGUCAGGGUUGCCUAAAAAACCUAAAAUGGUUCUAUCUCCACAAUUUUAUCUGUGUUCUGAUUCAAAGUUUGUCAUUUUCCUUUGCUUCAUAGCAAUCAGGUUUACUUGUUGGCAUGAGUACUGUAUGUCUGUAAUGUAGCUUUGCAUACAUUUCAAUUUGUGCAUUCUGUUCAGACCCUCUAUUUGAAUUUAACUCUUUUAGUGCUUGAACAGUUUUUGUUGAGCUAUGUGAAUUUUUAGGAAUUCAUUUUUUCCAAUGAUUUAAGAAAGUCUUUUUAAUUAGUUAUUACUAUUUCAGCUACUACUCUCUUUGUCAGUAAAAUUCAUCAUUUAAAAUAUUUUUCAAGUAUUAAAUUCUUUACUAUUGUGUCAUCAAAUAUAAAACGCAAAAUUGCUUUAAUAAAAAUACAAGAGUUUGCAAUCUCAUUUUAAAUUUUUAAAAAUCUGCAUUAUUCAAAUGUAAACUGAAAGCAAAUAUUUCUUUGGCUGAAGUUUCACAUUUUUAUUUUAGAUGAAGUGAAUAACUUUUGUGAAUAUGUUUUUAUUUGUUUUUUUAAAACGGAUAUUUUUUUCAAAAAGUUAAUUUUUUCAAUUGAGUUGACACACGAUGUGGAAGGGAAAGCUAAUUUGCUUUAUAAAAAUGAAUUCUGCAAGUCAUCCAAAUUAAGUGUGUAUGAUAGUGUGUCAUUUGAAUCUAACAUGUUCAGUAUAUCAGUAUUCUGUAAGCAUUUAGUGGUUCAGAUAUCUUAAUGGAGGACUUAUUUAUUUGUUAGUAUGCGUACUAAUCCAUGAGAAAUCACAAAACUUAUGUUCUUCAUCUUUUUUAAUACCUGCAUUUUGUUAACAAAUGGAUUCGUAAUAAACAUGAGUGUUUUUUUAAAAAUGGAAUAUUUAAUAUUUUGCACAAAUGGAUAAAUACAUUCCCUUUAUUGUAUGUAACAAACUUACUAAUUGCAAAUAACAAGGUAUCUUUAAGUGGCUUAAGUUUUAACUUCAGGAAAUGCUGGAAAUUGAUCUACUUGCAGAUGUUUCUUUUUUGGUCUCGUGUUAAAAGAAAUAUUUACUGUAAAUAUGAUAGUAGAUUGAUUUAAGUUAUAAGUUCAUUAGAAUAUAUUUAAUCUUGAUGAAAUACAGAACAUCAAAAGUUUGCCAAAAUUAUUAUAUUUAAAAUGGGAAGUAUAAAAUAGUAUUUCUGGUUUCAGAUGAAAUGUCUCGUUAAUAUUUUAUUAUUUUAAAACACAUUGUUCAAAAUACAAAAAAGUCCUACUCUGAAAUCGCUAACAGAAUUAAUUUAGUAUUUGCCUGAGCUGCAAUUCACACAAAUUUGGUUUUCUCAUGUUGACUUUUUUGCUGUAUGAAUCUCUUUCCUCAGAAGUGAAUGUUAUCUUUAUGUACUCUUUUUUUUAUGACAAAUAACAUAAAGUGCAAAGCUAUAGUUGUGUAUAUUACAAUUUUGUAUGAUGUUAUAAUGUGGGUAGUUAUAUAUAACAUAAUUAGAAUAUAUUGUACCAUGAAUCCAAAGACAUACAAUGUAAACUACUGGCAGUAUAUAAACCAGUGUUGUGAUUUUGAACAAAACGUGAAUAAACAUUUAUGGGGCAACUACAUAAUGAAUUAAAGAGAGAUAUUGGUUAUCCUAUUAAUUGGUAAUAUUUACCAUUGUAUGCAUGUGGUCUUGUAUAUAUGUUGUAAAAAUGUGAGGUAUUCUUCUUGUAUGUUCUGGAAUAACAUUAAAAGUUCCUUUUUGUAUAUAUUUCUAAUUUGUGGUUAAUACAUGUUCAUUCUGGUUUCAUUGAAUUUUCAAUUGCAUGAAAGGCUAUUUUAUUGUACCAAUUGCAAAAAUUUUAAAUGUUUUCAGCAUCCUCCUCCCAACAAUAUUCUUAAAAAUAGAAAUUGUUUUUCCUAAUUCACUCUGUUCUUCAAAAUUGGAUCUUUAAAUGAGGUGUGUGUAUUUUUAAAUAUAUGAAUUGUUUUAGGGUAAUUUUGAGAGAAAUUGUGA